AUGGAUUUGCUCACAGAAUUAUUUAAAGAUAGAAUUAUUGGCCCGUUCUUAAAGAAAUUUCCGGAAAAUGCUCAAAUUGAUAUGGUGAAAAAAGUUCUUAUAUUUGGAAUACAUUCAUUUGACGUAAUUUCAGCAGUUGGACUAACUGGGUGUAUAGACACAUUCAACGAAAAUAAACAGAAGUCCAUCGAAAGGACAAAUUCAAGCAAAUACGAGUAUAAAGGCUCGAAGCAAACCUCAGUAAUAAUAGAUGAUACAGCCGCGGAGCCGAAAAACCCUGACUCCCCCCUUGGUGAGCAAACAAAACAAUUGGAAAGGUCUCUAUUUUUAUAGUAAAAAACCCUCCUCCUUGAGCAAACAAAACGUUAAUAUAAAAAACUUUAUGAAAUAUUUCUAUCUAAUUCUGUUUAAUUUUAAACAGCUUGCGUUUUUUAAAACAUAAAUUUUAUUAUUUAUGAACCGUGAUUUUUUUAAAUUUCGAAAAACAAAAUUUAUUAUAAUUUUGUAUAUAAAUUUAUUUAAAAAAUUAACUAUAAUUAUUAUUCGAUCAUGGAAAAAGGGAAGUAAGAAAACCGUUCAAAAAAAUGCGAAAUCGGCAUCAACUCCAAAAGGGCAAAAAACCCCGCAAUCUCAAACUACAACGGGAGCUGGAAAAAAGCAAACCUUUGAGCUAAGUGAUUCGCAAAGAAUUAGCUCACGAAUAACCAAAAAAAAGCGAGAAAACUCCGAGCCUAAAGUUCCAGCUUCCUUCAUAAAGUCCCAGCCUUCUUCAAAAAGAACACCUUCAGCGAGAGAAAAAAUGGUUUCAAAGAUUUCGAAUAUUUCAUUGAUACUGGAUGAUAUUACUGAUUUCCCUUACAAACCUUUUAUUAAUACCCCAGCAAACUGCUAUUCAGCCUCAAAUGCAAAGCGUAACGAUUCAUCCUCGCAACUUUCUAAAGAUUACCGUCAACCAGUACAAAACGAAAAUCCACACAAAUUAAAACAAAUUGUCUUACCAUCCCCCAAAAUUUCUAAAAGCGCCCUUGUAUACACAACAGAUUCUAGUGAAGAAAAUGCAUAA